AUGGGCUCACUCAGUGCAGCAAAUGCACAGUUCUGCUUUGAUGUCUUUAAAGAAAUGAGCUAUGACCACAUGAUUGAGAAUCUCUUCUUUUCUCCUGUGGCUCUCCUGUCUGCCCUGGCUGUAGUGCUUUUUGGGGCUAGAGGUGACAGUGCAUCUCAGAUGGAAAAGGUGCUCCAUUUGAGUGAAUUAACAAGAACUACAAAUUCUUCAAAUGCAAAGUGCGAACAAGAUACAGAGGUCCAUUCACACAUUCAAGCAUUCCUCUCUGAAAUCAACAAGUCCAGCAACAGUCAAGUUCACAUGGCAAGUGGAAUUUUUGCAGAAGAAGCCUAUCCAUUUCUCCCGAAAUAUUUAGACUGUAUUGAACAAUUACACAAACUGAAACCUGAAAAUUUAGAUUUUAAAAAUAACAUAGAAGAAGCCAGAAUGCAUAUUAACUUAUGGGUUGAAAACAAGACAAAAGGUGAAAUCAAGGGCCUAUUAUCACCCAACAGCCUCACAUCUUCUGAUCAGUUGGUGUUGAUCAAUGUCAUGUCCUUCAGAGGGAACUGGAAAAAAGCAUUUCUGAAAGACCAAACCAAACCAAUGGCUUUCAGGUUGGAUGAGUCUCAGAGCAAAACUGUGCAGAUGAUGUGGCUGCAAGGCCACUUUAGACUGGGCACCAUUAAGGAGCCUCCCAUCCAGGUCCUUGAGAUGCCUGACUCAGAGGAUCACCUGAGUAUGAUCAUUGUCCUCCCCAGCAAGGACUUCAGCCUGGGACAGAUUAUCAAGGAAAUCACUUAUGAGAAACUAAAAAACUGGAUAGAUCCAGCCAACAUGAAAGACAUAGCUGUGGAUCUGUACCUGCCUCAGCUCAGACUUGAUGAGUGUCAUGGAGAUCUAACUUUCAUACUGUCAGCUUUGGGGAUGACUGAUGUCUUUGACCACUCAAGGGCUGACUUGUCUGGCGUAACCACAGGAGGACGCCUUGUGGUCUCCAGGAUAAUCCAGAAGGUCAUGGUAGAGGUUACUGAGGAUGGUUCAGAGUCAGCACCUACCAACCAAACAAGCAAAGUUGAAAAUCCUGAAAUCUUCAAGGUGGAUCAUCCCUUUCUCUUCUUUAUCCUACACAAGAAAACCAAGAUGAUUCUUUUCUAUGGCAGAGUCUCCACCCCUUAA